GGGAGGGGUGCUGAGGCCGCAGCCGGCACUACUUCCCUGCCAGCAGCUUCAUUGUGUGCGCGAGGAGCGAGCGGCGGCGGAGAGCGGGCGAGCGAGCAGCAGCCCGAGCGCGCCGUGGAGAGCGAGCGCGUCGGGGAGGGUGCGAGGCGGCGCCCGCGGCUGCGCUCCCCCGCCUCCCGGCAACUCUGCCCCAGCACCGCGCGCCGUGCGCGCCGUCCCGCCGCCGCCGCCGCCGCCGCCGCCGCCAGCGCCGGGGCCCCGCCGGCUGCCGUCGCAGGCAGGGGUCUGGUCCGGGCAGGGGUCCCCUCCCGGGGACUGGGGCAUCCUGGUGCAGCCGAGAGGCGCGGAGCCCGCCGGGGGCGGCAAUCGCGCCGCAGCGCCCGCUCGCUGAACUGCGUGGGCAGGCGGGCAUUGGGGCUCCAGGGCGCUCCGAGGGCAGGGUGCCCAGACUUCUCCGGGGAGCCCCAAUUCCGUGGAGCGUCCAGAGCGAGCGCGCCCCAGCCCCACCGGACCUUGCGCUCAUCCCCCGCGUACCCCACUUCUACACAAACUUUUCUGACACCCUCACCCGUGGGGGUCGCGGAGAGCGCUGGGCUGCCCGUUGGGCUCCUGCCCCGCCGGACCCUAGCCACGCUUGACCUCCUGCCUCUCGUGGCCUCAGUGGCGACCUCUCCAGGCCGGGCCGGGCACGGCACCCCAGGCGAGCGCGGCAACGACCGCUGCUCUCCGAAGGCUCCCGCGCCCCCCGGGGCAGCUGGGCGGGGUAAUGCCCUCGGUGAUGGAGAAGCCGAGCGCGGGCUCCGGGAUCCUGUCCCGCAGCCGGGCCAAGACGGCGCCCAACGGCGGACAACCCCACUCGGAGGAUGACAGCAGCGAGGAGGAGCACUCGCACGACAGCAUGAUCCGCGUUGGAACCAAUUACCAGGCCGUAAUUCCGGAGUGCAAGCCUGAGAGCCCCGCACGCUACAGUAACAAGGAGCUGAAGGGGAUGUUGGUGUGGUCGCCCAACCACUGUGUGUCAGAUGCCAAGCUUGACAAGUACAUUGCGAUGGCCAAGGAGAAGCAUGGUUACAACAUCGAGCAGGCACUGGGCAUGCUCCUGUGGCAUAAGCACGACGUAGAGAAGUCUCUGGCUGACCUGGCCAACUUCACCCCGUUCCCGGACGAGUGGACGGUAGAGGACAAGGUGCUGUUUGAACAGGCCUUUGGCUUCCAUGGCAAAUGUUUCCAGCGGAUCCAGCAGAUGCUGCCUGACAAGCUGAUUCCCAGCCUGGUGAAGUAUUACUACUCUUGGAAGAAGACCCGCAGCCGGACCAGUGUGAUGGACAGACAGGCUCGGCGGCUGGGGGGCCGAAAGGACAAAGAAGACAGUGAUGAGCUUGAAGAGGGACGAGGAGCCGUGAGUGAGGGGGAGCCGGACGCUGGAGACCCCAAGAGAGAGCCUCUGCCCUCUCGGCCCCUGAAUGCCCGCCCAGGUCCAGGAAAGAAGGAGGCCCAGGGGUCUCAGUACCGCCACCAUCCGCUGCGAACUCGGCGGCGCCCUCCCAAGGGCAUGUACCUGAGCCCUGAGGGCCUCACUGCCGUGUCGGGGAGCCCGGACCUUGCCAACCUCACACUUCGAGGCCUCGACUCCCAGCUCAUCUCCCUCAAGCGCCAGGUGCAAAGCAUGAAGCAGACCAACAGCAGCCUCCGCCAAGCCCUGGAGGGGGGCAUCGAUCCACUCCGCCCCCCUGAGGCCAACACCAAGUUCAACUCCCGCUGGACCACGGAUGAGCAGCUUUUGGCAGUACAAGCCAUCCGUAGGUAUGGCAAAGACUUUGGGGCUAUUGCAGAGGUGAUUGGGAACAAGACUCUGACCCAGGUGAAGACCUUCUUUGUGAGCUACCGGCGCCGCUUCAAUCUGGAGGAGGUGCUGCAGGAAUGGGAGGCCGAGCAGGAUGGGGCCCCUGGAGCCCCCCCGGUCCCCAUGGAGGAGGCUAGGAGAGGGGCUCCCUUGCCAGCCCCAGCUCUGGAGGAAGACGAUGAGGUCCAGAUUACAUCUGUGUCGACAUCAGGACCCCGAUCGGGGCCCCCUGCGCCGCCCCCUCCUCCGCCUCCCACCUCGCUGUCCCAGCCACCGCCACUGCUGAGGCCACCUUUGCCCACGGCUCCCACCCUGCUCCGCCAGCCACCCCCACUCCAGCAGGGCCGCUUCCUCCAGCCCCGGCUGGCCCCCAACCAGCCCCCACCACCUCUCAUCCGCCCUGCCCUGGCUGCCUCCCGCCACGGUGCCCGCCCGGGCCCUCAGCCCGCACCCACCCUGGCUGGAGCCCCCCUGGAGCCUCCAGCACCCUCGCUCUGAGCCCCGAGGCCUUCCGCCAGCCGGAGGCUCCAGAACCCACCCCUUUGCCGGACGUCCUCGGGGACCUCCAGCUUCACUGAGGACAGAAGAGACUAGAGCUCUCGCCAGGUCUUUCGAAGACCCAGCGCUGCUGACGGGGGCACAGCCUGGACCCCCGCGGGUUCUGCACGUCUUUCUGGCAGCCAGCCUGUCUCCACCCCCUCCCCAGCCAGUGUCUGGGGCCUUCUGAGCUGGCCCGAGGGUACUUUUCCUGGCUGGGACUGGAAUGGCUGCCUCCUAGUCUGCCAGGGCCUGGCCUAGGGGUCCUGCCCUUCGUGCGUAGGGGGUAGUGACCAUAGCCUGGGGGUGGGGGAGAGGACAGUUUAGUGUGUUGGCUGUUCUUCCUCUUCCCCUUCUUUUAGCAAUAAGUCUGGGGUGAGGUGGGGAGGGAGCUGGAGGGGGGAAGUGGGCAGAGAGGUUCCUUGGGGCCUGACAGCAGCAGAGGCUGAAGAGGUAGCUCUCCAGUCUUCAGGGGGCCGGGUGGAAAGUGCUGAGGAGCUCUGAGGGUGCCCACUGUGCCCACCGCCCAAAAGCUUAGAGAAAGGAGGGUUGGGAACAUAUGCAGACAUGGGUUUAUUUUUCAAUGUUUUUAAAAAAUAAAUAAAACCUUCAAGCUCA